CUCCGUCCAUCCCUGAGGCGGGACGAUCGCUGAGGGCGCGGGACGCGGAGGCGGCCGAGGAUCCUUAGAGCGCGGCUGGAGGCCGGGCAGUGAGGUUUGAUGAGUGACACUGGGCUGCUGGGAGCUGCUGUUGAAGAUGUACAUGUUGGUUGAAAAACGCACAAAUUCCCAUCUGCACCUGAAGAGGUCACCUGGCAUCCGCUCCUGGUCUCUCUGUGUUGGAAUAGCCUCCAUAGGUUUGGCUGCUGCUUAUUAUAGUGCAGACAGCUUGGCAUGGAAGCUCUUCUACAUGGCUGGGUGUUUCUUUGUGGCAGCCCAGAAUCUGGAGCAGUGGGAGGAAGCUGUAUUUGAUAAAAACAAGGGAACAAUCUGCCUAAAAACAUUCAACCUCUACAAAAAAAUCCUGACCUUGUCAAAAGGAGGCAAUGAACAAGUGGUGGCCGUGCUGAGCGAGAUCCGCGAUGUGAACGUGGAGGAGGAGGCCGUGCGCUAUUUCGGGAAGGGCCACCUGGUGGUGCUGCGCUUCGUCACCGGCUUCUCACACCCGCUCACCCAGAGCGCCGUGCUGGGCUGCAGAAGUGAUGUGGAAGCAGUUGCCAAACUCAUUACGAGUUUUCUGGAACUGGACAGAGUGGAGACCCCACAAGAUUUCUCCCAGAGCAGCGAAACAGAGGCAAGUGAUGCAGAUGAACCACAGGUUCAAUACUGAUAGUCAUUGUGAACUGAAGCAAGCAGAGGCUUUCACACAUCUGGAAAAUAUUCUGAUUGUUCUUCAGAACAAGAAACCCCUCACAACCUUGAUCUGGGCAUUUCUCAACGUGUGCAUUUACAAUGGGUGGAAUCUGUCUUAGGGCCCAUUGUUCAGUGCUAAACUGCUUCAAGACCCUGCAUGUGGACACUGCUGGCUUUUGAACUUUUGUCACCUCAUCAAACUUGUCUAGGAAUAGUUAUUUAUUAAUGAAUUGGUUUGAAAUAAUUGCUUUUCCAUUAAUGAAGAUACAGAUGUGAGCUUCUGCUUACUGCAAACAUUUGCUGCAGGUACAGUAUAUGCAAUGUAGAAGAGUUGAAUUUGUACCUCAAUACACAAAGCUUUGAGGUUUCCCCUUUAAUAUAUGCAAUUAGGAGAUGCAGAAUAGUGGCACUUUUAUGUUCUCUACUACUGACUUGCCACUGGAUAUCUGUGGAAAUUAAAGUCUGAGUGCCUCUCUUGGAAUUUUAAACAUCAGGGUAAGCAACUUGUAAAGGUGUCUUAACUUAUCUCAGACUCACCAAGGAGCCAUAAAUAGCAAAGGAAAAAGGAUCAUGAUGAAACUUCUUUGGGAUGCUCUACCUUAGUCCUGUUCUGUUUCACUUGUGGGCAGGACAGAGCAAUCUUUUUCUAGACCUCAAUGUUUACUAUUUAAACUGUGUAUUUAGAAAGGAAGCAGGGAGAUGUGUAACUUUAGGUAGGGAAAGGGCUGAUGUCAAACAAGGUGGUAGCUUAGAGUUGAUGAGUAUUUCCUCACUUGAAAUGAUACCCAAGUGCUAAAUAAUAACUUUUUUUAAGGUAGGCAGCACAGACUAAAUGUCUGACUGUGUUUUACUCCAGCUGUGUGGUGUCCUCUGUUCUGACCAAUGGUUUCACAAAUAGUUAAAAUAUGCAUUUUUUUCAAGGUAUUUCUGAAGUAAAAGCUACCUCUCUUAGUCAACAUAUUCUGUGUAGAGCUAGAACUGCUUCAUGCUUACAUUAACAUGUCAGUACAAGAAAAAAUUGUCAAAAGCUGCAAGUUCCUUCAGCAUGCUACAGCUGCUUGUACUGAAGUUCACUAGGUUUUAUUUAGGAAUCUUAUGGUCUUUAGACCUGAUUUAGAAAAUCUGUGCACAGUUACAUCUAGGAGAUGUGAACAGGUACGAGGUAACUGUGUUCUGUGCUUUCACAGUUGGCCAGCAGCAAAUGUCUCCUGGCAGCAGUUCCUUCACAUUUAAAAGAGCCUGUGUUCUUGUUCCCAAUCACUCUACCUCUACAGAGAGAAGGCUCUGGAAAGUUUUUGGUGGAAGGCACAUCCUGUUGUGAGUUCAGUUUGGUGUGAAG